AACGGGGCUUUACUGCAUGCAAGCCAGACUUAUCCGCAACCCCUUUCAUUAUAAAUACGGAGAGAGAAAAAGAUCUCACUCUCUUUUUCUGUCAUCGAAACAAAUCUAGGGUUCUAAUCUUCGCUCUCUUCAGGUAAAAUGCCUCGAUAUGAUGACCGGUAUGGUGGAACGCGUCUCUAUGUCGGUCGCUUGUCAUCGCGGACUAGGUCGCGCGAUCUUGACGACCUCUUUAGCAGAUACGGAAGAGUACGCGAUGUGGAUAUGAAGCGCGACUUCGCCUUUGUUGAGUUUAGUGACCCUCGAGAUGCUGAAGAUGCAAUAUAUGGUCUGAAUGGUCGGGAUGUUGAUGGAAGCCGCGUCAUUGUAGAAUUUGCCAAAGGGGGGCCACGGGGUCCUGGUGGAUCUCGUGAGUAUCUUGGAAGAGGUCCUCCUCCUGGAUCAGGGCGCUGCUUUAAUUGUGGAAUUGAUGGUCACUGGGCUCGAGAUUGCAAGGCUGGGGACUGGAAGAACAAGUGUUAUCGCUGUGGGGAACGAGGCCACAUAGAAAGGAAUUGUAAGAAUAGUCCUAAGAAAAUCAGGGGCCGGAGUUACUCAAGGUCACUUAGUCCUCGACAUGGCAGAAGUCGUAGUUACAGCAGGGACCGUAGUUACAGUCGAUCUAGAUCACCACCUUUGAAGAGAGAAAGAAGUCUUGAGCGGGCUGAGAGAAGAUCAAGGAGCCCCCGGGACAGCCGAAGUCCUAAGCGCAACAGGAGUUCACCACAGCCAUCUAAAGGGAGGAAGCGUAGCCCUUCACCCAAUGAGGGGAGCCCACAAGAGAGAGGUAGCCCAUCCCCAAGGGAUGGCAGGCAGCCCAAUGGGUCUGAUUACAGUGGGAGUCCCAGGCAAAAGAGCAGAAGUCCUAUUGAUGAUGCUGAUGGAGAGGAGGGUCCCCAGGAUAGGAGUUAUAGGAGCCCUGGUGAAGAAAAUGGCAACAGCCGCAGCCCUAGUCCUGUCCGUAGGGAUGACAGGAGCCCUGUUGAUGAUGAUGAUGAGAAUCAGGGUUCUCCUAGAGGCAGCGAGUCAAACUAAAAGCAGAUCCAAGUGACAAAAGUCAACUUAAAACCUGUGUUUGUGAAAGGUUUUUUCUGCUUUGUAUGGAUAAUUUUUCUAUAGCUGUUUAAGAUUUUCUGAACUUUGUAUGGACAGAAGUGCUAAUGUGGAAUAGUUCCAGUGAUCUAAACUGAACCUUUAUGUUUAAUUGAACACGUUGGGUGACUUGUGCCAUCA